CAGGGCAGUGUACGCAGCGACAAAAUCGAUCUCACACAUGCAACGCGCACAGUUCUCCAGCAGUGUAUAUAUAUAUAGCGAUCAUCCGCUGGAUUUCGCAGGACGCAGUCGUCUGUAUAUGUAUAUAGGGCACACACAGGUGUUUGAUCCACCUGCAUGCGUGUGUGAGUGUGCGGAGCGCGCUUUUCGACUCUCCUCUCCUCUCUCUCCCUCCCUCUCUCUCUCUUUCUCGAGAGUGCAGUGAUCGGAUAGUAGAGAGGGAGAAGGUGCGCGCGGGUGUCGAGGGAAACGAGUUUACGCCGCUGCAGCGAUCGGACGACAGACGAGUAGUGCAUCGCUGCAGCGAGAGCGCGACGACCAACCGCAGACUCGCACUUACUUCGAUACUUCGGGGAACUUUGUCUUUGCCACUUUUUUGCGACUGCAGCGUGGAACACUUGCCGUGGCCUCUCGCGUAUAUAAGUCGGUACACAUACACAUUCUCGUUCAGCGAAUCGUGUGUAGCCUUUUUUCCUGCCGUGCGGAGACUACCUCUAGUACGUACCUACACGACCGAGAGAUAUGAGCAGCGUUUCCGAGUGAGCGGAUGGAAGACGGGGCCAGAGAAAUGUAGUGCGCGUGCAUCGGAUCGCUCUGUCGCGUAGCGCGAGAGAGGACAACAACCGCAGGACUCAACGACGACGACAACGACGCGAGACGUAGCCAGGAAGGAUGGCUUUCCUCUGCCCGGUGCGCAUUCGCCGAGGCAAGAAGAAGAAACCUGGGACACACAAUUUCACCUUGGAAAAAGAUGGCCUUGGACCGGGGAUGGGUUUGUCCUCGAGAGUGCCAUUACCACCGGGUCGAAUAACUGGAAGUGCCAGUAUAGAGACACUCGUGAGAGUUGGUAUUGAAAAGGAAAAUGGUCUUUCACCGGACAGUAAAAUGGUCAUUAUUCAUGACUUUACUCCCUGUGUCGACGAUGAACUGCAAGUCAAGAGAGGACAGGUGGUGAACGUAUUAUACAGAGAAAAUGACUGGGUCUAUGUCAUUGCUGCUGAUACUCGAAUGGAAGGCUUUGUGCCUCAUUCUUAUUGUGCACCUUACACGUCACAAUUAGCAGAAACGACACUUGCUCUCAUGAACAAUGUCAAGAAGAAAUUACCCAGGUCAAUGGAUGAUACGGACUUGGUCAGUUCUGGGAGAUCAGGGGGUAUGGAUAAUGUGCAUACCGAUACUGGUUCAGCUUCAGAUUGUGAAAGUUAUGCACGUAAUAUCACAACUGCCGACAUAAAUGUCAACCAGUCAAUAUCUCAGUCACAAAAUUCAAUUCAAACCACACAGUCACAGCCUGAUGUUCAUCCAUUUUUCAAGGAUCCAUCAGCUGGAAGGUAUAUUGUGUUAUACACGUUUGUAGCGAGAGAUGAAAACGACGUGAGCGUGGAACGAGGAGAAUUUGUUACAGUACUGAAUCGCGAUGAUCCAGAUUGGUUCUGGGUACUUCGUCAUUGUGAUGGAAACGAAGGUUUUGUGCCAUCUGGUUUUGUUUACCCAGGUCACGUGCUUCACUCUUAUGCAACUACUGGGACGACGACGACCACCACCACUACAGUGUCUGGAGAACCACAUAAUUUAGGUGCAGGCAAUGGGAAUGCAAUGAGUAAUGAGCAGUUACAACAAAAGGAUACGAGGGACUUCCGGGACGAGACGACCGGUACCGAGUUAGUUGUGUUGUAUGACUAUAAGGCGCAGGCGCCGGACGAUUUAUCCGUGAGACGAGCCGAUUGGAUUUACGCGGACCUCGGCAAUCAGACUGUCGACGGUUGGCUCUGGGCGUAUGCGCCGAAAACGAGAAAAUACGGUUUUAUUCCCAAGGCGUACGCUCGCCCACCCGCCAUGACCAGUUUGUAACUCUGCGUACUUUUAUCAUUUAUACUUUUUUUCUAAAUAAUACAAAAGUUUCUAUACAACGUUUCUACAUACACGAUUUUUAAUUACGCUUUUGCAACGACUGACCGCAAAUUUUCUCUCGAACGUUGACCGAAAACAUUAGUCGAGGCGAUCCGGAGUUUUGAGUGCUGUAUAGUGAAUAUUCCCGAGAUCAGUGUAUCGUGACGUUGACGUUGAGAUUUUUGCAGCCGGAAGUUAUGUGAUUGAUGAAGCCAUCGUGCAGUAUGACGCAGUCCCCGGUUAGAAAGACCUCCUUCGGUUUUUGGGCAGUGCGCAAGGAAUUGAUCGGACCAGUGUACGUCAGAGAGCGGAACGCCUCGCCGUCGAUGCUGUCGAUAGCCUAUUAUGCAUACGCAUGUAAAAUUUAUGUUAAAAAAAAACAAAGAAAAUUCAUGUAAGACUGAUAUAAACGUUUGGCUGAAGUACUUAAGAUGACUUGUUCGCAAUGUAAAAUACACUCGCAACUGAGCAAAAACUUCGUUAGACACGAUACUUUAUACACGCAGAAACGACUCGAAUCACCUGAAUACUGCAUCGCAGAGUUGUGGAGUUGCCGAUGUCCAAGCCCGCGACCCAGGCUAUCACGACGUCACCGCCGUCCUCGUGAUUGCCCUUACCCGUCUCGCCACCGUCGUGCGAGGCGUUGCAAUGCAGCCGCGCGGCCAGUAUGGGCAGCGGCAGCCGAUUCUUGUAGCGCGGGUGUAUGUGACUUCCGUUGAACUGCUUGGCCGCUGGUCCUCUAUGCACACAGUGUUAUAAUCAAUGUUAUCGCUUUUCCGAUAUAUAUUGCUAUACUGCGACAUUAUUAUUUUCUAGUUAUACCCCAAGUUCUAUGUUCGAUUUUUAUAGAUAAUUUAUUUUUAAAAGUUAUAAAGUACAGGCGAAUCAGCUCUGUACAGAGUAAUGUAAAUCCGUAUAUGAUAUUAUUAUAUAAAUAUUAAAAACGUCGAUACUCGUGCCUGUA